AUGGAGACCAAUACCUUUGUCAAGCAGUUAGCUUCGAACAGUCGGAACGUGCGGGAGAAUGCAUUGGAGACUUUACACAAAUAUUUGAACACUAAACAAUUCAAAGAUGCAAAACAGCUGCAAUAUAACAAACUAUGGAAGGGAUUGUACUAUGCUAUGUGGUUUAGUGAUCGUCCCAGACCGCAGCAGAGACUUGCCAAUGAACUUGGAGAGCUGAACGUUUUCUAUUUCAAUGAGCGUGAUAAUAAAGACGCUGAGGGAACUUUGACUUUAAAUGACGAGGCAUUUAUCAAAUUUAGUAAAGCGUUCUGGAAAAUCAUUUGCAUGGAAUGGUUCCAGAUCGACCGUUACCGUAUUGACAAGUUUUUAAUGCUCGUCAGAAGGGUUGUUUUCAACCAGUUGAAAUACUUGAAAUUGAGAAAUUGGGACGAGCAAGUUGUAGAAGCGUACAUCGACAAAGUGCUAAAAUGGCUACCGCUAAGUGCGAGCCUCAAAGUGUACAACGGGGUGCCCUUGCACAUUAUUGAUGUUCUCCUCGACGAAUGGGAGAGACUCGUGCGGCCCGAAGACGAAGAAGAAGAUCUGGAUUUGGCACAGCUUGUCCAAGAGACUCCACUUGCACAGUUUCUGAAAAUCUUUCAAGAUAUAGUUGCCAACACCGACAACAGCAAAGUGCUUAGAGAAGCGAUCAAGAAAGAACUUCUUGCGGACCCCAGACUUGUCUCCUGGGGAUUUUCCACUGCAAAACCUAUAACACAAGAAACCCAAAAUGAGCCAGAAGACAGUGAUGACGACGAGGAGGCAGAAGAGUGGCACGGUUUCUAG